AGUAAAAUGAUUUAUAAGAGACCGUGUGAAGGCAGUCCAUCCGGGUAAUGGGAACGUUUACCUUGGCAACCAGGAUUGUCGCUGUUGCUAUGGUAUUAUUAUUGCCUGUUACAUUCCCGAAGGAUAAUCUGCAGCAUGGAUUGUUUUGAGGAGCGGGUUAGGUGCCUAUGAGUUCAAGAUUUUACAAAGCAGUACGUUCUGGAUAUAUCCGCAAACAAUUCCAUUAUUUACUGGUAUACACUUGGUGUUGUACACUUAGAAGGAUAUCAGACUUAUCUUUUCCUGGAUAAAAUAUAAAGAAUGAGAAAAGCCACAAAAUAAGUAAAGAAAAUAUUUAAAAAGUAACCAUGGUAGAUUUAGAUUGCUCUAGAGAAGACAGUGAAAUUCACAGUUGCUUCCAUUUCACCCAGAAGACACCCAUUCAGCCAUUCCUGUGCUCAACCCUGGAUGAUUUCCACCAAGAAAGGGAUUACUUAUCAACUGAGAUCUUCCCACAGCUUGACAUGCUUUGUAGGGCAAGGGGAACCUACUUCAAAGCUGUAGACCUCAGAUGGGACACAGAAGAAAUCCAGAGCAGUUCCCAUUUUGAGCCAAAGAUCCCUUGUAAACAUCACCCUCACUACCAGCAUUUCUCCUCCCAGCAGCUGAAGAUCAACCUGGAUUACAUCAGUAGCUCCUUUCCAUUUUUCAUUUGCAUAUUGGGCCACCAAUAUGGAGAGUUUCGUCCAGAAAACUCCAAGCUUUUGCCAGUUUCUGUAGCCAGUCUUGAAGGGCUAUCCAAAGUGGAAAAAAAUCUAUAUGUCGCGAGUAAAAAUGGCUAUCCCUGGGUGCUCCAUGAAGAGAACCAAAACUGUAGCUUGACUGAGCUUGAGAUCAUCCAAGCAGCCUUUCUGAAUGACCCCCAGGCCAGCUUCUUCUACUUCAGGGAUUGUCGCCACAUAGAGGAUAAGAUCCUAGAUACCCUUGAUGAAGAAAAACAGAAGAUUCUGAGUACAUUUUCUAGUCGGAUGGAUUAUGAGGAGUUGAAGGUGAGGGAGCUUAAAACCAGAAUCAUCAAUAAGGGUCUGAAAGUCAGUUUUUUCAGAAAUCUACGCGAGUUUGGAGAGCUGGUGUUAAAAGACUGGACGGGUGUUAUUGAACAGUGUUAUCCUCUGGACUCAAUUCCUACAAACAUAGGCCAUGAACUCAGUCUAGAACGUGUAUACCAUGAAGCUUUUGCAGACAGGCUCUGUAAAUGGUUUGUUCCUUCGGUUGAGUACUGGCAGAUCUUUGAAACACUGGACUCAUUUGUACUUUCAACUACAUCUAAUAUGAAGACACAUCAUUGUGGCUUUCUGGAAGGCACUUUCGAAGUCAAGAACUCAAGACCGCAAUAUGAAACAGACAUUGAACGAAAGGCCAUCUUCUUGCUAUAUGGAGACAGGGGAUGUGGCAAGUCAUCUAUGGUUUCCAGCUGGCUAAAGUCUUUCAGACAGAACCACCCAAGUCAGCUGGUGAUAUCUCACUAUGUUGGAAGCAGUUCUUCCAGCACAGAUGUCAGGUCUUUUCUAAGACGCUGCAUUACAGAGCUUCGUUGUGACUACUUUGGUAUAGAGGAUGAACCUGAUAUCCCUCUGUUCAGUGAAAGUUCUUCAGAAGCCUGGAUUUUCCCCUUGGUUGUCCAGUCCUUUGUAGCAGCGGCUGGACUGAGACCAUGUGUGCUGGUGCUGGAUGGGAUUGAUGAACUGUCUGGGACUUUUGGCCUGUCUGCUCAGCAGGUGAAAGAGUUUCAGUGGCUUCCCCAACCUUUGCCGCCUCAUUGUAAGAUUAUAUUCACUACCACCUCUUCAGACCUUUCAUGCAGGUCGAUCAGAUGCCGGCAAGAUGUCCUUCUGGUUCAUUGCCCCUGUCAGCCAGACUCAGAAAUCAGAGGCAGUAUUCUACAGAAACACCUGGCAAUGCCAUGUAAAGAAGUUCCAAGCUUUCAGCUUGGAAACAUUAUGGGUAAAAAGCUAAGCAUGCUCCCGGUGUUCUUGUCGGUACUGGGCUGCGAGCUGCGGACCUGUGGGGUCUUAAGAGACCAAGAGGAAUGCCUGGAGGAAUACCUAGAGGUUCUUUCCCUCCAGGAGCUGUGGGCACUGGUGUUACAGCGUUGGGUUCAGGAUUAUAGCUGGGCAAUUGAGAGGAAAGCAAGCAGCAAAAGGAAGAGGGCAGUGCUACCUAAUACUCCUCAAAGAGGGAUGGAAGGCUGGGUGUCGGACACUCUGUGUUUAAUUUGUCUCUCUCGCUGUGGACUGAGAGAACAGGAGGUUCUGAAGCUUCUCGGGAGCCUGGGUUAUUCUGGGGAUCUGGAGGUGUCCAUCUUUGACUGGGCUGUGUUCCGUUCAGCCACCAGGGAGUGGAUCGAGGAGAGACCCGAUGGACUUCUCAACUUCACACACCAUUCCUUACGCCACGCUGUGGAGCACCAGCUACUGAGAGCCGUCACUCCAGUGACUGAAAGCCACCUCAGUUCAAUUGAGGACCCCUCUAGCAGCAGAAAGACCGAGUUACACCGGCUGCUAGCCCUGUUCUUUCAGCAGCAGCAUCCCUUCAGGAGGGUCUACAUGGAGUUCCCCUGGCAUUUGCAGAGGUGUGGGGACUGGAGUGAGCUGCAUGCCUUCAUUUCUGAUCCCGUCACUGUUGGUUUUGUGUCCAGCAACUCAACAUAUUCCCAUCAGCAAAAGAUGGACCUUGUUCAGUACUGGAAGGUUUUGUCAGAAAAAGGCUACAACCCUUCUGUCUCUUAUCAGAACCUAGUCCGGGAAAUAACUACAGACUCCCACCACGAAUCAGAAGGAAGGAAAAGCACAGUUGCAGUCAUAGGUGAUCCUGAAGAUUGUGAGAAUGAGACAAACAGGACUAAAAGUACAUUCCUCAGUGAAGCCCUUAGCAGAGACAAAGGCAAAGAAGAGUUAUCCUUGCUAGACAAGUGUACUCAACGAAGGCUAAUAGUUUUCGCUGCAGAAAUAUUAGAUUAUCUGCGAAUGACACCGGAAGCUGAGGAGCUGCUAUUGGUGUCUGAGUCUCUGCUUUCUGAGACUAAUAUGCAGGAGGAAAAGAAGAUGCACAUUCUGCUAAGAGUUCAGCAGUGCCUAGGGGACCUCUGCUAUAGAACAGGUAAUCUGCAAGAGGCUGAGAGUUAUUGGUUCAAGGCUUUGGCCACUGCAGAGCCCUUAUUAACAUGCUCUAAUAACAUCACUGAAGAUAUUAAAAAAACAAAAGGUCAAAUACUAUGUAAAUUGAGUCAGGUACUUAUUGAAGGUGGUUCCAAUAAAAUCCAAGAGAUUCUUGAGGAGAUCAAUACACUCCCUGAAAUAAGUUCUCACCCCUGUGGAGAGGCUACUAUAAAAUAUAUUCAUGGGCUCUACAAGUUUUCUUGUGGAGAUUUUUCUGAAGCUGAAAUCUGCUUUCAGGAAGCUCUGGUUCUAAGAAAGUGUUGGUAUGGUCCAAUGCACCCCCUAGUGGCUGAAGUAGAGGAGUACAUGGCAGACCUUCUCUGUAAUACAAAGACUGAGACUGGUAUGUCUAGGUCCAGUAGAAGAAGAGCGCUAGAACUUUAUCGACAUGUAUUGGUGGUUAAAGAAGCAGCAAAGCGGCAGGCAUUAUCUCAACACGUUGCAAAGCCCUUAGCGUGUAGCCUGGCCAGCACUCUCUAUAAAUUAGGUAAACUGUUACUGAGUAACUCCAGUCUGCAGGAGAAACGUGAAGCAGUGGAGCUUUUACAAAAAGCAGCGGAUCUUCGGGUCAUCUUGCUCAGUCCCAAUCACAGUUUGUCUAAAGAAGUGUUGUGGAUUUUGAAAAAUGAGACUGCAGCCCCUGACUUAACACUUCCUAGGCAGAAUAACAUGCUACAAGAGCAAGCGAAGUUCUUUCAAUAUGGAAGGAGCACUGCACUGAACUCCCGACAACAGACAAACAUGAAGCUGAGGCAGAGACCCAAAAGCUGCUUUCAACUGAGAUCCUGUACUAGUACUGUCAGCAACAGACUCGAAGAACUUCCAAGGACAAGUUCUGUUCAGAACCACUUUACCAACCAAAGUCCCUGCAGUGUGAGUAUAGGGAAAGGACUAGGGAGUGACAAUGUAAAGAUCAAAACAGACAUCUCUGUGUCUUCGCAAGACAUCCGGCAUGGUUCAUCAAGGGAUAUUGUGUCAGCCAAAAGUGAUGGUGCAUGGCCUAUGUUAUCAAGAAGUGGUGUCGUAUCAGCUGCAAACCAUGCCCAAAAAUGCUCAGUCUACAGGCCUCGGACUGUUUGCCAGACCUCCAUAUCAGGACCCUACAGUACCAUCAAAGAUUUGAUGCCAUCACUUACACUGGAUGUGUCAGGCAGACACAGAGUCUUCCACCGAAUGGCUUGGUACCAUAUACCAGGCAGGUACCCUACUCUUCAUAAACCAUUUCCUCCCAAACGGAAUCUGCUAAGAAGUAGCUUUCAGGCAAACAGAUAGGUGUGACACUCAGUUGUUGCUGUAACAUAGUCUUUGAUGAGCAGCUCAUGCCAGUGUUCUAUGUUCUCAUGCUAAGUGACUAAUCACUUUAUAUUCUUUAUAUCUCUUGAUAUUAUUAGGCAGUUUUCUAGUAUACAUUCGUUUCAGAAAUCAUUUCACUAUUUUUUCUCUGUAACAUACCAUUCAUAACAGCUGCAUCAAGAAUGCUUUCAGGAAUGUUAAAUAAUUGUAUUUUUAACAGAUACACCACAAACCUGCAAAAAUAUAGAUUCUGCCGAGAAUUUGUGAUUGCUUGUGAUUAUACAAUAUGAUUUUCUAUAGACAUGAAAUUGUUACUAAAUUUGUUACAUUACUGUGUUUUUUUUAAAGAAAAUUAUGAAAAUAAAAUAUCGGUGUUAGGACACAAAUCUGCCCCAGGUGGUUUUGCCCCACUCUUUUUUGUAUGUAUCAGUGUGUGCAUGGUGAAUAAGAAAACAAAAUAAAUAAACUGUGG